GGUCAAUUGAUAAUAGCGCCAUGAGAAUCGAUGAAAUAUGACGCACGAAAGAGGAAACGAAUGGAUUACGUUUUCAUUGAGGUUAACAGAAUCUUUGGAAUCUGCAAUAUCAGACACUGUUAGAUGGCGCCAGCUACCACCUUUCACGUCCAUCUUCCCGAAAGCGUCAUCUGGUCGAUUGGUUCUUUCGCUUUGCAGCCAUGGAACGGAUAAGAUACGAAAAUGGCGCCAUUAGCUUGCAGAGAAACGUCUUCCAAAUUCUCCUAUAGAUUUCUCACUUGUAUUCGGCAACAGGCUCGCUUAUAAAGAAGAGCUUAAGUCUGAUCUGACAUGCAUGAGGUGACAACACACGGAAGUCAUCUAAGUUACUUCUCGACAGAAACGUUCAUCUCCGUGCACGUGGGGCCACUUGCGACGUCCUCGGUGCUUUUAAGCACUGGACCACUCCGCUUGCGUCGCGGCGCUGCAUAGCUCGAGAAAGGUCCGGAGGCAGCCGCAACAGCCAAUAUGUCUGCGUGUGCUGCAAGGACUUCAACAGAGAGCCCCGUUUGACUGUUUCUGCAAGUUAAUAGAUAAUGCAGAUGGCGAAACUGCAGCGUUCAAAUCGAGAAGUUAUCAGACAGCCAAGCCAGCUUCUAUUGUCGCACAAAAAAAAUCGACCGAAGGGUGGUUGUAACACGCCAGAACGCACCGAGUGUAUCGAAGAUAUGCAGUUACCAUGUUGGGAAACGUCAAAAUAUGUGAUCUACUCCGUCACGAAAGAGCUCGGAAAGAGCAAUGUCUCGACAAACAGUCGCGGAUGUAAAGAAAAAGAACGAACGGAAAGCGGCUUAAUAAUCGUUCGUCUACAUGAAUUUUUAAUCUCGGAGAAACACGCGCAAGUUCCGAAUUUGGGAAUGCGGCGGCAAUCUGAAAGGUUCGACCUGGACUGGUCGCACCGCACAUCCCGAUACAAAACAAAUCCAGUAAAACGUUUCAAUUAAACAAACAAAUUAAACUGUUCACUUUCCGAAAAUUUAUCGUAUUAGGAAUCGAUAUUACACCCAGUGAUCGUUUGUUUGACCAUUUAACUGAUAGUACAACGGAAAUUAAUAUUACCGUUGUUCCCAUCUAUGUGCAUCGAUCUGAUAAACAAAAUGUACAUAGUAAGCGAUCGCGAUCUCGCGUCGCGAGACGCAAUAAAUAUGAGAAACGCGAGUGUGUAUGUGUAUGUACGUAUAAAUGUAUAUAUGUACGAUUUGUGACGUCAUGAAAUAUACGACUCAUAGUAGCGAAGCAAAACACACGGAAACGUUUCUCGCGUUAAUGAGAUAAUGCCGCAUUCGUUCACAAUGAAAUUAUAAAUCAUGGCAAUGUUUACAAAUUAAGCGUUAUGGACCAGGAGAGGCGCGUGACGCGACACGAGCGAGCGAUUAUCUCGUAAAAGUCAUUGCGACAGGCUCAUGCCGUUUUCGAGGACGCGCGUGUCCUCCAAAGAGUGCGAUCAAGUCGAUUUCGAAAGACGGUCUCGAUCCUUCGAUUCAACUGCUCGGUAGCGCGUAGUAUUCGAAGCCACGA